GUCUAGUAGUUGGAGAGGCUGAAGAGGAGGAUGCCAAGGAAACUGCUGUUACCUUAUAAAUCUGUGUUUUCUCACUCUCGAGUUCCACGGGGUUUGCAUGAUUCCUUGGCGAUGAAUGCAGCCAGAAGUGGCUACCGGGUCUUCUCGGCAAAUUCUACAGCAGCAUGCACGGAACUGGCAAAGAAAAUCACUGAGCGUCUUGGUGCUGAACUGGGAAAAUCUGUGGUAUAUCAAGAAACCAAUGGAGAAACAAGGGUUGAAAUAAAAGAAUCUGUCAGAGGCCAGGAUGUUUUCAUUAUUCAGACCAUCCCCAGGGAUGUGAACACGGCAGUGAUGGAACUCUUGAUCAUGGCGUAUGCACUGAAGACAUCCUGUGCCAAAAAUAUCAUCGGAGUCAUUCCUUACUUCCCUUACAGCAAGCAAUGCAAAAUGAGGAAGAGAGGCUCGAUAGUCUGCAAGCUCCUUGCUUCCAUGUUGGCCAGAGCAGGUUUAACUCACAUCAUCACUAUGGAUCUCCAUCAAAAAGAAAUCCAGGGCUUUUUCAGCUUUCCUGUUGAUAAUCUGAGGGCAUCACCUUUCUUGCUUCAGUAUAUACAGGAAGAGAUUCCUGAUUACAGAAAUGCAGUAAUUGUAGCCAAGUCUCCUGACGCUGCUAAGAGGGCCCAGUCAUACGCUGAACGGCUGCGGCUGGGACUAGCGGUCAUCCAUGGGGAGGCUCAGUGCACUGAACAAGACAUGGAUGACGGACGUCAUUCUCCCCCAGCAGCAAAAAACGCUACAGUGCACACUGGCUUGGAGCUGCCAUUGAUGAUGGCCAAAGAGAAACCACCAAUAACAGUAGUUGGAGAUGUCGGAGGUAGAAUUGCCAUAAUUGUGGAUGACAUCAUUGACGAUGUGGAAAGCUUUGUGGCUGCUGCAGAGAUCCUGAAAGAGCGUGGUGCUUACAAGAUUUUUAUCAUGGCCACGCACGGGCUCCUGUCUGCAGAUGCUCCACGCCUAAUUGAAGAGUCCUCGAUUGACGAGGUGGUGGUCACCAAUACAGUUCCUCACGAAGUGCAGAAACUGCAGUGUCCCAAGAUAAAGACUGUAGAUAUCAGCUUGAUCCUCUCCGAAGCCAUCCGUCGGAUCCACAACGGGGAAUCUAUGGCUUACCUCUUCCGCAACAUCACCGUCGACGAUUAGUUUUUCCCUUCUCACUCCUCUUGUCUGGUUUCCUUAAAUAGAAAGGAGAAUGGAAAUGUGCAUGAAACAGCAGUGCCAUAAAGUUGACAGUAUACAAUUUUUGAGGUCUUAUAAGGGGGAUGGGGGUUACGGGACUGUUGCCAGGAGACCAGAGCAACUACUAAGAGUUUCACUGAUCCAGCAGCCUCUUUUUGGAGGCUGGACUGGAUCUGGAUGCAUCAGGCAUUGGAGUCUAUUUAAAAUUGUUUUGAAAGAGGCUGGUGGUGGCCUCUUGACUGUAUCCUGAGAGGGAAAUUGGGAGUAACCUCGAUGGCUUACUGAGA